GGAUGUCCGAGCCAAUGCCCCUGUCCUACGUGACCGCCCAGGAGAUGCGCUGCCUUUUGCACUGGCUGUCGAGCUGGUCCCCGGCACAGCGCGAGCGCUUCGUCCACAGCCUGGCAGAGAAAGCGGUCCCCUGCAAGGUGAUCUCGCUCUUGGAUGGCCUGGCUGGGCUCAGCGUGGAAGCCGGCAAGCCCCCUUCCAUCUUUGAGUGCCAGAUGCGUCUCUGGGACCAGUGGUUCCGGGGCUGGUCUCAAGAAGAGCGCAACGAAUUUGUGAGGCAGCUGGAAGAGGUGUUGCCGGAGGUGGCUUCUCGUUUCUACCAAGAGGUUGCUGGAACAGCCGGGCAGGAUUAAUCCGGGCCGUCGCUCUCCGCCGGCGCCUCGAGGAUCCGACAGUGGCCGCUUUCCCACGCCUGCGGUGUGGUGUUCCAACUGGCCUUUCCACAAGUACCUUGUUAGUCAAUGUACGAGUGUGAGCUCGUGACACAGCAGAAUAAAAAUGAUAUACUGUACCAAGUACCAAAGUUGAAAAAUUGUCAGUUUUAAAGGAUUGAAAGGCUCAGUUGCGAAGAGCGUGGGCUGAGAUUUUUCUUUUUAAAAAUUAGUAACUAGAAUUAAUAAACACGAAAACAAUUAGAAAACCAAGCUAAA